UAGGCCACUUGCGAACUCAAAGAACCGGCAUAACCUCAAAUUUAGACAUUCGAGAAAUGUCAAAAAACAGUUUAACAAUAAAAGUUCAUGGCCAAAGUGAAAUAUAAACAAAUCUGUAGAUAUCAGGAUGAAAACGCAUUUCGAUUUGUUCAGUCUUAAGCAAAGAAUUUUCCUAGUUAAACACUUUUACCAAGAACUAGGAAACUAUAUUUCUGUAAAGAACAACUAUGAAGAUUUCUAUGGGAGACGCAAUGGUGUUCCAAAUCUCUCAACUGACAUCCUGACAGAAGUGAUACAGUUAUUUGAAGAAACCGGGAGUGUUUUUAAAAUUUCAGGAUACCCCAAAGAUCCAACUUCUGACCAACAGAUUGAAGUCGUAUCUGUAAAAGCUGAAGAAGUCCUUACAUAUGACAUAAUAGAAGAUAUCGAUAAAAGAACAGAUUUUAAAAUUCAGGACAAUACUCAAAAUUCUGAUGAGUAUGUACAACCUACUACUAACAAAACCCAAUCAGGUUUACGCCAGAAAAGGAAGAUUAAGAACGAAAUAUCGUCCCAAGGCGAAGACAGUAACUCAGGAUGUUCUAAUAAUUACCAAGAUAACAAAACAACAAAAAGGCUCUUUAGUAUACCUAAUAGUUCCCCAGAAGGUUCAUUAACGGAUUACGAUGAGGAAUCCAAAUACGAGGAUAAACCCAUGAAGAUCUUUAAUCAGAAUUUUGGUGUAACUAAUAUUUUGGGGACCUGCACCUUCUGCAAUCAGAAGUAUCUGAAAUCUGAAUUGGAGAAGCAUAUAUCAACUCAUGGAAAGAAGAAGAGGCACAGAGAGAAAAAUCUCAUUUGUGAAUUUUGUGGUAAAUUCUUUGCCAAUUACUCAAGGAUGGAACAGCAUAAAAUUAUCCAUAGCAGUGAUAGAUGCUACAAAUGUGAUGUUGAAGGCUGUUCCAAAACCUUCAAAUGGAGAAAUUCCUUUGAAAAGCACAAAAUGCGUCACACAGAUAAUAUUGUUAAAGAAUUCAAGUGUGAUUUGUGCGAAAAAGCAUUUAUGUAUAGCUACAUUCUAAGGAAACAUAUAAUUGAUAUCCAUGAACCACCUCAAGCAAUUAAGUGUAAAUGCUGCAAUAAGACUUUUACCAGAAAAGAAACAUUUAUGAAUCACAUGAAGACUCACGAAAGUGCAGCAAGUGUAACGGAAGCAGACAAAGGCAGUAAAGGAGUGAAAAUUUGCGAAACAUGUGGAAAAAGAUGUUUAUUAAUUCAUUUUGAAAAGCACAUGAUGUCUCAUCGCAAUGAACGUCCCCUAAAAUGUGACAUUUGUGGAAAAGGAUUCAUAUGGAAAUGCGGUCUAAGGCGACAUCUGUUGGCUCACAAAGGACUAGAGCCUAAAUCAAAUUUACCAGUAUGUGAAAUUUGUGGCAAGAAGAUGUCCAAAUACCAAUCCCUGCAGAAACACAUGAAAAUACACGAAAGACCCGAAAUGCCAUUCAAAUGUCCAGUAACAGGUUGUGAAAAAUCCUACUCCAAUGAAAGAUUCCUAAAGCGUCAUGUGGAUAGGCAUGCAUCCAAGAGGCAUAAAUGCGAAUAUUGCGAAGUAGAUUAUAAGGAUUCCCAGCAAUUAAAAAUUCACGUGAAAAAGAUACACCUGAAAGAAGAAGCUCCUUUUAGAUGUAAUCAAUGCGACAAGGAAUCAUGGACUUUACGGGUAUACAGACAGCAUAUGAAAGCUCGACAUAAUGUUAAAAUUCCAUUUGUAAGGAAGAAAGAGUAAAUGUUUAAUAGGAAUGUUGGAAAGGAUCUGAUAUUGUUCAAUAGACAUAGAUGACAGGGAUAAGGAACUAAAUUGAUGAUGAUAUUUCUUUUACAUUAAUUAAAAAAAGUUAUACAGGAAUUGAACAAGCGCAGACACAGAAGCAGACGGAGCACACCUAUGUAGGCCAAGGUGACUAAAAUAAAUUAGAAUUUACUCGGGAA